AUGGAAUGGUGUUGGCGCUGGAGCCGUGUGAGAACUGACACAGCACCGCACGCGAGUUUGAGUGCUGCUCUCUGUGAUGUUGUCUGCAUUGAAUCAACUCGAGUUAUCUUAACACAAGAUGUGCCACCGUCGACAGACUACAUCCAUGCGAACUGGAUCAAAUUCGAAAAGCACGACCGAGUGUUUAUAGCCACUCAAGCUCCUCUUGACAAUACUAUUGAUGAUUUUUGGCGAAUGAUUUUUCAAGAGAAAUGUCCAAGCAUUGUAAAUCUAACGCCGAUGAUCGAAAAUGGUAAGAUCAAGUGUACCACAUAUUGGCCACAACAUCCUGGAGCUUUCAACACAUAUGAUAAAAUGUUCGUAAAUACCAAAAAGGUAAGGUUAGAAUUGAUCCCUGAAGCCCUUGCUUGCUCGUUACAUUAG